GGCGCAGGUGCGGCAGGCGGAGCUCCGUCACCAUGGCACGUCUGGCGCUCUGGCUGGUGGCGGUGGCCGCCGUGGUGCCGCUGGUGCUGGCCGGUGGUGCAGACUCGCGUCGUGUGUCGGCUCGCACCCUGAGCGGCUUUCCGCAGCACUUUUUGCACCCGUUCAUCAACUUCUGGGAGUUCCACUUGGAUCCGGAGGACUUCCCGAAACUGGAUGGGGUCUCCAGAAUGGUUGGAACGGCUACCAUGGGCCUACUCAUGUGUCUGGGCUGGCUGGGCUACCUGCCAGUAAAAUUCCAAUCAAAAACAGACACGGACCGGAUUCAGCAUGGAGAAGACAUUCAGAAGCUGCUGCGGAACUGGCUGCCCCACCCGCCGGGUGGCCCCCCUGGCCGGCCGCCGGGGGGAUCCUAUCUGGGCCGGGGCGUGCCGCCGAAUGGACGCUACGGCCAUCAGCAGCGGGUCCUCGCCCGUCGGAGGGGACCCCUCGUCCGCAGCUGGGCCGGGCCCGCUCCCCAGUAUCGCGGCGAUAUUCGAGGCGGCAUUCAGUCCCCGCGGCGUCCCUCCACUGCCUCUAACCAACCGGUGGUCGCCCAGCAGAGAGGUCCCGCCGGCCCUCCGCGGCGGGGAAGGCUGUCACCACUCGGCUGAUGGUCCGGCCGUCUGAUGGACCGAGUCGGGGUCCCCGGCAGCCGCCCACCCCUCCAUCUGCUGAGCGGAGGCCACUACACCACUGGGAUGACGGCGGGCACCCACUCCGGACACAGAGAGAGGACAAAAAUAAUAUCGCCCAAGCGCGAGGUGCUAACAGAUGAGCGUCAGUAGAGUGUGUAUGUGUGUGUUUUUCAUAAGGUAUUAAAAUGAUAGUUGUUUUAAGAAACAGCUUACAUCAACAAAUGCAACAUCGCUUAGUCCUGCUUAGGGCAUGACUGAUAUUGUUAAAUGGGCAUAAUUUAUUGUUAAUAAUUUGGAUAUUUAUUGCCUCGUGAUAAAUAACAUCGCGAAUAAUACCUUAUAAUGCGUAGGUUGUUUUGCUAACCAAAUGAUACGCUUCAGAGUAGAAUACAAUAUAUCCCAUAAAAUACA